GUUACUUUACGCCGUCGGGCCGGUAACCCACGCAGUGAAGUCAUCAACGAACGCGAUCGCGCCUCCAUACGUGUCGAUAGGUCGUUGUACGAGAUCGGCGUUGAAGAAGAGAAACAGAAUUAGCAAUAGCAGAGAUCCUUGCGGCAGACCUGCUUAUAGCAGUUCUUAGACCUUAGAAGCCUGUCCGUUGACCUAGAUUGACGCUAUGCGCUCUGAGCAGAAUGCUUCUAUCCACUUCAGCAGCUUCUAUGGUAUCCCUCGUGCUUUCAUCCUCUACAGUAGUCUCUUCUUACACACCCCGUUGUACGCUCCUUUAACAUCAAAGCUAAUUAGGCUAACUAUCCGCCGGCCCCGCCACGCAGUAUAAAUCUAU